AGGGGAUCCAUAGCACUCUAGUGUAGAGCUCAAAUGUGAAAGACUUCACCAAGGGACCAGCCAUAUGUCAAUAUCACAGAUAACACCAACUCUCUUCCUGAGUGGGGCUGAUGCUCCUUUGAAUCAGGCACUUAUGACCCGCAAAGGCAUUACACUGAUCGUGAACGUGACCCUAUCCCACACCUGCCCUAUCUACCCAGGUGUGGACUGCAUACGUGUUGCAGUGUCUGACCUCCCAAAUGCCCGUCUAGGUGAUCAUUUUGACCAAGUUGCAGCUCGAAUCCAUGGUAACAGAUCUGGAGGAACCCUAGUGCACUGCGCUGCGGGCAUGAGUCGUUCACCUGCUCUAAUAAUGGCCUACCUCAUGAAGUACAAAAAAGUGACACUGCAGCAGGCACAUAACUGGGUUAAAGACAGCAGACCCUACAUAUGCCUUAAUACAGGAUUCUGGACCCAACUUCUGGACUAUGAGAAGAAACUAUACGGUAAGAAUACUGUGAAGGUGGCUGAACCACUGGAUCCACUGCCAAUGCCUAAAACACCAAAACUACCUUCCAAGUACAGCAUGAGACGGUGUCCUCCUUCGCCAAGGCUGAGCCGACUUAGAAGAUUCACCUUCUUGGCUCUUUAAUCAACAACAGCAAACUGAUCUUUUGCCAAAAGUGGACUCGAAAGUUCUAUUUACAUAUUGUAAAAGCAAUGAAAAAUUUCUUAACCAUCAUUUCGAAUAAGGAUCAACAAGAUCUAUGCAGUGAAAGAAAGUACUUCAACAUGAUUGUUUUGUUUUUCUACUAGCAUGUGAUUUGAAGAGGCUUUUAGCCAUUUCCUGCUGGCUUCUAAUGCAAUACACUUUCAAGGAUGUUUAUUGUUUGUUUUUGAUGUGGUCUGGCUGGAAUUCCGGGAAAAAAAAAUCUUGAAACUUAGUAUGCAUUAUUUAACCAACAGAGGACACUGUUGCUGCAUUAAACUCACGCCAUAGAAGAAACCCAGGGCUAAUAAAUAAAAGGUUCAAUGGAAAUUGAGAGGGUUUUUUUUUAAUAUCUUUAUCUCAAUUGUCUAAAUCUGUUUGAAUUUCUACAGUAUGAUGUGCAAGAGAUUAAUUCUCUGCACCUUAAUUCAUUUUAAACUUUUGUUUACUUUCAAACGAGACAAAUAUUUGAAGUAGUUUUUUUAAUUGUACUUUCAGUUCUGCAUCCUGUUUGCCACCUCACUUAAAAUUCAUAAAAUUAAUUUAAAAGGCAUUCUUAGUUCAUCUCUAAACUGACACAGCCCUGCUCACUGAGAGACUUGUAUACAUGUAUGUAUGUAUUAAGCUGUUGUUGUUGCUGUUCUUGUUAACCUCUAGAUAUUAAAGAAUUGGCCAUGUGACACAAGGUGAGAAAAAAAGUCUCAGCUUGUCAUUCAUCACCUUUAUAAUGCAGGUUUAUUCCUCACAGUCUCUCUUUUAAUAAUGUGUGUUUAGUGCUUUUGGCAAUGUUUUGUUGGUGCCGAGUGAGGGGAGAGAAGUUUUAGACAUGCUUCUCUUGAGGGGGUGAGUGAAUGUGCUGAAAGCUGAGAGGGACCGCACGGAGUGGAAAGAGUCAAAAUGUCUUGGAUAAAAAAGCCAUUUUUUUAUCUCGAAAAAUAAAUAUAAUUUAUUUUUAUAUAAAUAUAAAUAUAAUUUAUUUUUGGC